AUGACAGCCAAUCUAAUUUCGUAAUCAUGAAUUUCCGCACGUAGUAUUCGAACACCAAAAGCUUCACUUGUGUUGUAUUUUCUUAAGUUUUCUACGAUAAGAAAUGGAUGUGGAAGAUUUAUCAAAUGUUUUGUCCGAAACCGCGAAUUGUGAAGAUAACUCUGAUAUCGUCAACAACUUGGAUUUUCCUGAACAAUAUGUUGCACUUGCAGACACCUCUCCAAUUUUUCGUGUAUCUGUGCCAUCGACUGUGUACAAAGUGAAUGGUGAACAGAUUUGUAUGCGCUGUAUGAAUGGAUGUAGGCCUAAGCUGAGGCCAACAUUUCCUCACGACAUAAAAACUCUGAAUUCAGACGCCAACCCUCCUAUCUGUCGUUCCAGUAAGAUGAAGCUUACAUGGCAUGCUUGGCAUAGUUUAGCUUUCAUGUCUUCAUUUCAAGUUCAUUCUCUUGUUCCUCAUGAAAAUGUCGGUGCCAACACGGCCCAUCUUCAAAAUGUGAAUGAUCAAGUUCAACUUCAAAUUGAUCUUUGAUAGAGCAAAGAUAUUAGACUCUAAAUUCUAAGUUAGACACUGAUAAGUCAGAGACUAAAUUUCUGAAGUUUCAAACAAGAAUUCUCUUUAAUUUUUCUAUAAGCAGGAUAAGAUAAUUGUUAAAAAUGGCAGACGUUGCAGUCCGUAAUUGUAGAAUGUCUCAUCAUGGACAUCAAAGACAAAAAUCUGAGAAGCAAAAUUAUAGCUAUAGAAGUGGACGAGGGAAUCCUUGUGCACAAAAAUAUCAAAGUAAGAAUCCGAACUGGAGAGAUCAGAAUCGGCCAACUUUCUUCCGUUUGGAUAGCACUGGAGAGAAUUCAGGAAGCAGCUGCGAGGAUUUGAACGGAGCAAUUUCCCCUGAAAUUCAACAAGCAUCAAAUCACUGCCAGCCCAGAUUUCAAUCGCAGGACAAUAAGUUUACGUGUACUCGUCAAGGUGGUGGUCUACUUGACAAAGUCCAAUCUGCCUUAGGGCCGUUAGGAGUGUCAAAUCAAACUUGGCAUCCUCCUCGGAGGGAGACGACCAGAAACUUGAUGCAGUCGCAAGGGACCCUGUCAAAUAGUCCAGACUCUCAUCUUGCCACUUUAGAUUCUGUAGCAGAAAAGUUAACCAACAUGAGCAUGCCGAAACACCCUCCGCAUUGGGGUAACCCGAUGGCAAACUCGCAGCAGAGUAGCCAGAUGGGUCCACCCCGUCAUAACGCCCAAGGCCAGUGGGGACGGACUUUUGUUCCGCAGGAUAGAGGCCAUGCGCCAAUCUUCCAUCCUUACCAGGGAAUGAACCAAUCCCCUUUUCUGGCAUCGACACAAAAUUAUCAAAGGAACCUCUACAGUAAUCCUUGGCAUCAAAUGAUGGGUGGGAAUAAUCAACGUCAUCCUCCUUAUCAUCAGGGAUUCCAUCACUUUGCUCCCCCUCCUCCUCCUUUUCCAUGGCAACAGUUGCUAGGUCCCCAGAUGAUGCAAGGGUUUGCCCACCAGGGACCAAUGAAUAGAAACCAGAGAGCUCGAUCUCCUCCAAAGAAGCCUAAGUGGAAUAAUGGACAUGGAAAUCGGCAAAGAACAUUUCCUCAGUCAAAACCCAAGUCUCAGUCUCGAUGCCAUGCUGAUCAUAGCAGUUCUUCUGUAACAUCUUCCUCUGAAACGUGUGUCCAAAUCUCCAGUCAAAUCAGAUCAUGUAUUGACAAGACUGUUGUACAUGUGCAAAUCAACACAUCUGAGGUUAAAAGUGAUGAAACAUUAGUAACUGCUGACUGUGGUUCAGAAGAAUUCAUAGGACAUGUAGUUGACAGUAGUGCAAUAAUUUCACCAGAACGGACUGAAGACUUAGUAAAGACUAGUCAAGCUGAGGAACGUAUUGCAAAUUUUAGUGACCUCAGCAAGUCUAAUACUUCAUGUCUCAUGGUAAAAGCAGAUGAGGAAAAUGUUGCUGUUCAAAAUGAAAAUUGUCAAACUACAAAUGAGCGUAAAGAUGGCAGUAAAAAGAAUGAAGAAAGCGAGUUUAAUGAACGACACUCAUCGAUCGAACUUAUUCUCGCCGACUACAAGGUACAAUCCAGCACUCAAGAUAAAGAGAUGGCUCUUUCAUCCAGCAGUGAUCCCGAAUCAGGAAGUGAUUCAGACAGUGCAGUAGAGGCAAAUGCAGAUCUUUGGGAGAGUUUCACAGCAAGCGAUGACCCAUACAAUCCUCUGUGUGGCUGGCGCUGUAGUGACAGUAUUCAGGAGGGUCACCCUGGCACGAAGUCGUCUUUCCAAGAAUGCCACAUAGACUCUGGAACAGAUGAGGGGGACAAUUGGUCAGAGACGGAUAGUGAUGAUGACUAUGAUAGUGGGGAUGAUAGUCCUGUUGACGAUGUUGACACCAGUCUUCCAAGAUCAUUCAAGCUGUCCGAUCCUCAGCUCCAGGAACUGAGAGACAGCCUCUCCUCGACACCCAAAGAGAAGCCAGAUUCCGAUUCUGGUCAUCACCCUUCAGUGGCCUUUAUCCUUGGUUCAACCUCGAGUUCAUCCGAUGACGAUGAUGACGACGAUGACUGGGACACUCUUGAUGAUCCCUCUACCCUAGAGGAUGAUCCUCUCUGGGACUCGUUCAACAGACCAAGGGACCCGUACAGUCCCAUGGAGGCCUGGAAAUGCCAUGAUUCUAAUUUGUCUUCCAGCGUUCCCGCCUCAAGCCCUUCAACCCCAAUGAGAAAAGACUCUGUUGAAGGACUAAGGACUUUGUUGCUAGCAUCAACAGAACGGAAAGAGACACUACCUCGGAUAUGUGAGGGAUUGCCUUCCAGGGAGAGCGACAUUGAAAUCUUUGACAUUGCUACUAUCAGGGUCCAUGGGGCCAGAGAUGAUAUUGAUCUUGGAUCACCCACAGUCGCUGAAGGUUCUAUGAAGCGUGUUGCCAGUGCCAGCUGUCUACGGAGAUACCAGUUGACUCCACAAGACAAGGCUUCCAAAAAGGUUCGCUUCUGCCCCGACUCGUCUUUCAUCGUCCUUGUCGAGAAGGAUCCAGCGUCCUGUGAAACCAACCCCACCCAGGCCUCAGAGAACGACUGGCAAGCCUGUGCAAGGGAUAGGAUGAGAUUCAAGGCACGCAUUGAUCAACUCUCUCGUGUACUCGACCCUGUUCUCACAAACACACAUCGGGAGCAAGUCUACACAUCUCGAAUGGCAGAGGGGGAGGACAGAUGACACCUAGACGGUCAAGAAGUAAAUUGAUUAUUAUUUUCCUAAAUGUGUAUUCUGUGAUAUUAUGCUAUAUAUUUGUUCCAUUUAUUUUUUUGUUAAUUAUUUUAGUUUGUAAAUGAGUUGAUUCUUUGAGAACAAUUUAGACACUCAUAGAGAUGUAAGGAGAGGGGACACUUGAUUCUUUCAGUUAAAUUUCUGUUGCUAUGCAUAUUUUUUUUUUCUUCGAGCAAAGUAAUACUUUUCCCAUCAUGUAAGUUUUCCUCGUACAUGUAAUUGCAUGUCGUUAAGCCAUUUUCACAAAUGGUUUGUAAAUUCUGUAGACCGUCCUAUUCACAAUUACAUGUACAUGGAGCCCAUUCCCAAGCUUGCUUUUUACCCACAACAUUUGUUUGUUCUUACUAAAUUUGCGAUUAAGUGAAUCUUCUAUAUUUAUCUUUAAAUAGGUAAGAAAGCCUAAAUAUAUUUUUUUUCCGGACAGUUUGUAAUGACUUGAUUCAAUAUGUAUAUGGGCCUUUUAUUUUAUUUCCCUGAGUGAGUGCGUGUACACAGGCCUGGUGUACAGCAAGUUAAACAGAAUUUUGUUUUACUGACUCUUGGGGCAUUUGUUUUGGACACAGCCAUUUUCCUGUUUUAGCUACCCCUUUCCUGGUUGUAUGGCAAUAUUUCAUUUUUUUUCAUAUUGCCUUUGAGUUUGAUAUAAAUAUCUGGGUUUUUUUUUUUAAUGUACAUGUAACUCUUAUUCAAUUUAUCCCUUUUUGGGGGUGUAGAUUUAGGUCCUUUAACAUAAUAGGUCAUUUAGUUUUACAAUUGAUUUUAAUCUACAAAAUUUCUAGCUUCAUGUAUUCAUUUGCAUGAACCAGGAGACUAAUCAGUUGUAAAUAAUUGCUUACUGAGCCCUUAUAUUCUUUUUCUUUGUUGUAUGUUUAAAUUAAGUGCCUUUUUCUAUUAAAUUGUACUCUUGUUAUUUUCAUCAGGUUGGUGUUUCAUAAAGCUGUUGGUAAGUUAUGACUGAUGAUCCUUUCUUACACACUAAAUAAUAAUCUAUGAACAUUUAAUUGUGAAUAUCAUUUACCACAAGAAAGGGUCACCAGUCGUUCAAAAAGUGAUUCUUAAAUUUAGAACUACAUGUGUGAACAGCUUCAUGAAACUCCCCCCCCCCCCCCGCGAUCUGUACCCAAUUCAAACACAAAGCUUAGCGCUUAAUCGUAGCCGUAGGGCUGGUAUUUUCAAGUAUGAUGACAUUGAUCAUUGUGUGAAAUCAAGCAUACAAAUCAGCUGUAUGAUCAAUGACAAGAUUUUGUGUUACUGGAUCAUGAUGAUGGCAUUACAUGUACACAUACAUUCGCAUGAUAUGGGCAGCUUUUGUCUUUACAUGGGCAAUUGUGCAUUACAUGUACACUACAUGUAUACAUGAAGUGGAUUUCAAAUUGAAUUUAUCAUAAGUUUACAUGAGGGUUAUUAACAUGGGUCCUUUUUAAAGGAAUGAUAAUUGAUGAGUGGGAAGUGGCAAUUAUAACUACAUGUAAAGAGAGGUAAAGGAAAAAUCAUAACUUCUGUAGAAAUUGCUUUGAAAUUUGUACUUCAAAAUAAAUAGGGAUUGAGUAUUUCUUUUCCUGACCUACAUGUACAUGAUGUGAUCCUUUAUAUCAGUUUAUAGCACAAUUAUUCAGUCACGCUUAUGAAUUAUUUCAUUGUAGGGACUAGGGCGUCUACAUGUGUGUGGCUAUAUAAUGUAAUUCACAUUAAAAUGUAAUGCACAUCUAACCUGGGGUAGUACAUGAAAAUGUGUCCCCAGCCAUGCAUGUACUGUAUGCCUAACUGCACCUGUUGUACACGUACAUGUACAAAGGUACACAUCAACAUGCAUGGGUAUUUAUACAUGUACAUGCACUGUGACAACUGACAAGUGAUGCCAGUAACACGAGUGGAAUUUGCUGGUAUGUACAUGUACAUGUACACAAAGUACUGUGUAUACAACACCACCACAUCAUAUUGAAAUAAACGUAAGAAUUGCAUUUUUGUCAAGUGAUUUUCAUACACAUGUAUGACUCGGGACCAUAAAUAUCUACAUGUAGUAUCAAAGAUGCUUUAGUCUAAGCCAAUUUUCUUGGUCUAAGGGGGUGUUGCAAGAAAAUAUUUGCAAUCAAUCGCAAAUAUUCUUUUACAAUUUUACAAUUGUUUAAUCACUUUUAGCUUUAGCAAAUCAGAUUACACUCCUUGUUACAUGGAGCAGAUUAGCAAUCAAUCACAAUUUUGCAAUUAAUUGCAGCGGCAUAUGCUUGAUUUCGGGAACGAAAAUAGACUUGCGAUUGAUCGCAAGUUUCUUGCAAUGCCCCAUUAGUCUAAGACCACAUGGAGUUAAACUGCAUGUAAAUUGAUUAGACCAAGUGGCUUAAAAAAAAAUGUUUUUGACUUCCUCAAAUACUUUCGUGUUUAUUACCAUACAGUUAAACAUUUACAUAUUACAUAUAACCCUGUGUGUUUGGAAAUGUGUAUACACUUUGUGUGUGUUCUGAUCAGUCACCUCUGUCAUAGUCAGAUGUUAAAACCUCUUAUCUGAAAUUUACCACAAAAAAGGGAGAAAUCUCCAGUUUAUAAUGUCUUUUUGCAUACAAGUGGGAACAUUCUUUUGACUACAUGUAGGAAGACUUCUGUACUGUUAUUCAGAGACUAUUUUCAGACAAUAAGAGGUCACCAACAUUGCCAUAUU